CGCUCGGAAUUGUGGGCGAUUCGGCUAAUGGCGUCGGCGAAUCUGGGGGGUUUGGGGAGCCAGCGCUGAAGCUUCUAGCCAGGUUGGCUGGUGACGACCGGUGUGGCUGGGCCCCGCGGUAGCGGGAGGGACCUGCCCGCAUUGUGACCUCCUCGGCCGGAGCUAAGACGGGUCCUAGCGGGACGGACUGACUGUGGGGGGCGCCUCGGAGAGGAGCCGGGGGAGUUGCGAGGAGGCUGCGGGGGGCGCUCGGGCAGCUCCGUCUUAGCAGCGCAGGCCUGGCUGAGUCCCCGCGGAGCCCAACAGGAGGGCUCCGGAAGGGCCAGAGGCUCCAGGAGGGUGCUGCCCUGUCGCCCCACGCAGCUGACAGUGCCCGAGUUCGUUUGCGCCGCUCAGAAAUUGGCUUGAAGCUUGGUGGAUCAUGUCUGGCACCAACAGCCCCGAGGCUGUGAAGAAGCUGCUGGAGAAUAUGCAGAGCGACUUACGGGCCUUGUCCCUGGAAUGCAAGAAGAAAUUUCCACCUGUCAAGGAGGCGGCUGAAUCAGGAAUAAUAAAAGUUAAAACAAUAGCUGCACGAAACACCGAAAUUUUGGCAGCAUUGAAAGAAAACAGCUCGGAGGUUGUUCAGCCUUUUCUAAUGGGUUGUGGAACCAAGGAACCGAAGAUUACUCAGCUAUGUUUGGCUGCCAUUCAGAGACUCAUGUCACAUGAAGUUGUGUCUGAGACUGCAGCUGGAAAUAUAAUUAACAUGCUUUGGCAGCUAAUGGAAAAUAGUCUUGAAGAACUUAAGCUACUUCAAACAGUUCUUGUUCUUUUAACAACCAAUACAGUAGUUCAUGACGAGGCACUCUCUAAGGCGAUUGUUCUUUGUUUUCGACUACAUUUUACAAAAGAUAAUAUUACAAAUAAUACAGCUGCUGCUACAGUGAGACAAGUUGUUACUGUUGUUUUUGAGAGGAUGGUUGCUGAAGAUGAACGACACAGAGAUAUUAUAGAACAACCAGUACUGGUCCAAGCAAACAGUAACAGAAGAUCUGUCAGUACCCUUAAACCUUGUGCUAAAGAUGCAUAUAUGCUUUUCCAGGACCUUUGUCAGUUGGUUAAUGCUGAUGCCCCUUACUGGCUAGUAGGCAUGACAGAAAUGACUCGAACAUUUGGCCUCGAAUUACUUGAGUCAGUCCUGAAUGAUUUUCCACAAGUCUUUUUACAACACCAGGAAUUUAGUUUCCUCCUUAAAGAAAGAGUAUGUCCUCUUGUGAUAAAGCUCUUUUCUCCAAAUAUAAAGUUCAGACAAGGUUCCAGCACUUCAUCUUCUCCAGCACCAGUUGAAAAACCAUAUUUUCCUAUCUGCAUGCGUUUGCUGAGAGUAGUAUCUGUUCUGAUAAAGCAAUUUUACAGUCUUUUGGUAACUGAAUGUGAGAUAUUUCUGUCACUUCUGGUGAAAUUUCUGGAUGCAGAUAAACCGCAGUGGCUACGAGCUGUUGCAGUAGAAUCAAUACAUAGACUCUGUGUACAGCCUCAGCUAUUAAGGUCAUUUUGUCAGUCCUAUGAUAUGAAACAACAUUCUACCAAGGUUUUUCGUGAUAUUGUGAAUGCAUUGGGAUCUUUUAUCCAGUCAUUGUUUCUUGUCCCUCCUACUGGAAAUCCUGCUACAACAAACCAAGCUGGAAACAAUAAUUCAGGUGGCACUGUCUCAGCACCAGCUAACUCAGGAAUGUUGGGGAUUGGUGGAGGAGUUACUUUGCUACCAGCAUUUGAAUAUAGAGGAACUUGGAUACCUAUUCUGACUAUAACAGUACAAGGCAGUGCUAAAGCAACUUACCUAGAGAUGUUGGACAAAGUUGAGCCACCGACUAUACCAGAAGGUUAUGCCAUGUCUGUGGCUUUCCAUUGUUUGUUAGACCUUGUACGUGGAAUCACUAGUAUGAUUGAAGGAGAGUUAGGAGAGGUUGAAGCAGAAUGUCAGACUAUCACUGAAACAGCUUCUUCACCAACACAGUCAUCAGAGGAGCAAGAAUUACAGUCAACAUCAGACCAAAUGGAUAAGGAAAUAGUUAAUAGAGCUGUUUGGGAAGAAAUGGUGAAUGCCUGCUGGUGUGGUCUACUUGCUGCUCUCUCACUCCUUCUUGAUGCCAGCACAGAUGAAGCUGCCACUGAGAAUAUUUUAAAAGCUGAACUGACUAUGGCUGCUCUUUGUGGAAGACUGGGCCUUAUAACUUCAAGAGAUGCCUUUAUAACUGCAAUAUGCAAAGGUUCCCUGCCUCCCCAUUAUGCUCUUACUGUACUGAAUACCACCAGUGCAGCCACGCUUUCCAACAAAUCAUAUUCUAUUCAAGGCCAAAAUGUUAUGAUGAUAAGUCCGUCAAGUGAAUCUCACCAGCAAGUUGUGGCAGUGGGUCAACCGCUAGCAGUUCAGCCUCAAGGGACAGUAAUGCUAACUUCCAAAAAUAUCCAGUGUAUGAGGACUUUACUUAACUUGGCACACUGUCAUGGGGCUGUUCUUGGAACAUCAUGGCAACUUGUCUUGGCAACUCUACAGCAUCUUGUAUGGAUUCUGGGAUUAAAGCCUAGUAGUGGUGGUGCUUUGAAACCUGGGAGAGCUGUAGAAGGACCCAGUACAGUUCUAACAACAGCGGUGAUGACAGAUUUACCAGUGAUUUCCAAUAUACUUUCAAGAUUGUUUGAAAGCUCACAGUAUCUUGAUGAUGUAUCAUUGCAUCAUUUAAUAAAUGCACUUUGCUCCUUAUCCCUAGAAGCAAUGGAUAUGGCCUAUGGAAAUAAUAAGGAACCAUCUCUUUUUGCUGUUGCUAAAUUGUUAGAAACUGGUCUAGUUAACAUGCACCGAAUAGAAAUUCUCUGGAGACCUCUAACUGGCCAUCUACUUGAGAAGGUCUGCCAGCACCCAAAUUCUCGAAUGAGAGAAUGGGGAGCAGAAGCUUUAACUUCACUUAUUAAAGCAGGAUUAACAUUUAACCACGAUCCUCCACUUUCACAAAACCAGAGGCUGCAGUUGCUUUUACUGAACCCAUUGAAGGAGAUGUCCAGUAUUAACCAUCCAGAUAUCCGACUCAAGCAAUUAGAAUGUGUGCUACAGAUUCUCCAGAGUCAGGGAGACAGUCUUGGGCCUGGAUGGCCAUUAGUGCUUGGAGUCAUGGGAGCAAUCAGAAAUGAUCAAGGAGAGUCCUUGAUACGAACUGCAUUCCAAUGUCUUCAGUUGGUUGUGACAGAUUUUCUACCAACAAUGCCUUGCACUUGCCUGCAGAUAGUUGUAGAUGUUGCAGGUAGCUUUGGACUUCAUAACCAAGAACUUAAUAUUAGCUUAACUUCAAUAGGUUUACUGUGGAAUAUUUCAGAUUAUUUUUUCCAAAGAGGGGAAACUAUUGAAAAAGAAUUAAAUAAAGAAGAGGCAGUACAGCAAAAGCAGGCAGAAGAGAAAGGAGUGGCUUUAAAUCGGCCGUUCCACCCUGCACCACCAUUUGAUUGCUUGUGGUUAUGUCUUUACGCAAAAUUAGGAGAACUGUGUGUGGACCCCCGACCUGCUGUCAGGAAGAGUGCAGGGCAAACUCUGUUUUCAACAAUUGGUGCACAUGGAACUUUAUUACAGCAUUCAACAUGGCACACUGUUAUUUGGAAGGUUCUCUUUCAUCUGUUGGACCGAGUUCGAGAGUCUUCUACCACUGCAGACAAAGAAAAGAUUGAAUCCGGAGGUGGCAAUAUUCUCAUUCAUCAUUCAAGAGACACAGCAGAGAAGCAGUGGGCUGAGACAUGGGUUUUAACAUUGGCUGGAGUAGCAAGAAUCUUCAACACUAGACGAUAUUUACUGCAACCUUUAGGAGACUUUUCAAGAGCGUGGGAUGUUCUUCUUGACCAUAUACAAUCAGCAGCACUCAGCAAGAACAAUGAAGUAUCUCUGGCUGCACUGAAAAGCUUCCAGGAAAUUUUACAGAUUGUGUCCCCUGUCAGAGACUCAGAUAAGCCUGAGACACCGCCUGCAGUCAAUGUACCUGUCCCUGUCCUAUUAGGGCCCAUAUCAGGCCCUGGCCUGAGCCGGCCAUUUGUAAGAACAGAUUCCAUUGGAGAAAGACUUGGAAGAUACGGUAGCUCGGAGCCACCCACAGUUACCGAUGAGCUUGAAGAUUUGAAUCUCUGGUGGGCUGCAUGGAAUACCUGGUAUAGAAUUGGAUCUGAAAGCACUAAGCCGCCUGUUACUUUUGAUAAACUGACUUUCAUUCCCAGCCAGCCUUUUCUUACAGCUUUAAUUCAGAUAUUUCCAGCUCUCUACCAACACAUAAAAACUGGUUUUAACAUGGAUGACCUGCAAAAGUUGGGAGUCAUAUUGCACAGUGCUGUUUCAGUCCCAAUCAGUUCAGAUGCAUCCCCUUUCAUCCUUCCGUCUUAUACUGAAGCAGUUUUGACAAGUUUACAGGAAGCUGUACUUACAGCAUUAGAUGUUCUCCAAAAGGCCAUCUGUGUAGGACCAGAAAACAUGCAGAUAAUGUAUCCGGCUAUAUUUGACCAGUUACUCGCAUUUGUAGAAUUUUCCUGUAAACCUCCACAGUAUGGACAGCUGGAAACAAAGCACAUUGCAAAUGCAAAAUAUAAUCAGAUCCAACUAUUUGCACCGGCGGAAUGGGUAGCCUUGAAUUAUGUACCGUUUGCUGAAAGGUCUUUAGAAGUAGUUGUGGAUUUGUACCAAAAAACAGCCUGUCACAAAGCAGUGGUGAAUGAGAAAGUACUCCAGAAUAUUAUUAAGACCCUUAGGGUUCCUCUCAGUUUGAAGUAUUCCUGCCCUUCUGAAAGCACAUGGAAACUAGCAGUAUCUUCUCUCCUCAAGGUUCUUUCUAUUGGGCUACCUGUAGCCAGGCAGCAUGCUUCUUCUGGAAAAUUUGACAGUAUGUGGCCAGAGCUAGCCAACACUUUUGAAGACUUUCUCUUUACUAAAAGCAUACCUCCAGAUAACCUCUCUAUUCAAGAAUUUCAAAGAAAUGAAAGUAUUGAUGUCGAGGUAGUUCAGCUUAUCAGCACUGAGAUACUACCUUAUGCCAAUUUUAUUCCUAAGGAAUUUGUUGGUCAGAUAAUGACCAUGCUUAAUAAGGGCUCAAUACAUUCUCAGUCAUCUUCAUUUACAGAAGCAGAGAUUGAUAUUCGUUUGAGAGAAGAGUUUUCUAAAAUGUGUUUUGAAACAUUGCUCCAGUUUUCCUUCAGUAAUAAAGUCACGACACCUCAAGAAGGCUACAUCUCACGAAUGGCACUCUCAGUGCUUUUAAAGAGAUCUCAAGAUGUACUACAUCGCUAUAUAGAGGAUGAAAGAUUGAGUGGUAAAUGCCCUCUUCCAAGGCAACAAGUAACAGAAAUCAUAUUUGUUUUAAAAGCAGUCAGUACUCUCAUUGAUUCACUUAAGAAAACUCAGCCUGAGAAUGUUGAUGGAAAUACCUGGGCACAAGUAAUUGCCUUAUACCCAACUUUAGUAGAAUGCAUCACCUGCUCAUCUUCAGAAGUCUGUUCUGCACUUAAAGAAGCACUAGUUCCUUUUAAGGAUUUCAUGCAUCCACCAGCAUCCAAAGUUCAAAAUGGAGAAUCUUGACCAGCUACUAUAAAUUUAAAGAAGAAUGCUAUCUAACCAAUGUUUGCUUCUCAGUGAGCCUUCUAUGAGAAGGACAUUUCUUACUACAAAUAAUUCUUGGCAGCUGUUGUUGGCCUCCUUUAAGUUGUACUUACCUGAGUUCAGUAAUUCAUGUUACAAGCUUACACGUCCACAGUCUCCUGAAGGAGUAGCAGUGCAAGCCUUGAAUAAGUUAAACUGAUGGGAGAGAUGGUUAAUACUACAACAUACCUGCUACCAGAUCUUCAAUUGGUGAUUUAAAAGUGAGCUUAUGUACAGUUUGUGGUGUAUGUGUUAAUGAUGUACUUUUUAAAAAUGAAGAAAAGAUAUUUCAUUAAAAUUUAUUAGGCUGGUGUUUUUGUGCCCUUUUUCAAGUACAAAAGUGUACCAGAAUUUUAUGCAAGAUGGUACUGUAACAUUCCAUGUUAUCUAUAACCAGCCUUUGUAAACAAAGGGAACUGAUAUACUUGUGUGUAUAAUAAAUGGUACAGUUCUGUAUAAAAUAGUUGCAUUUAUUAUUUAAAUUUUUAAAAUACUGAUAAUGUUAAAUGCUCGAUGCUGUAUUUAUUAUUAACACAAAAUUAUUUGCUUACAUUUUUACUUAUAAUUUGCCUUCUUAAGCAGCAGAUAUGCUCACCAUAUGAUCAUGCAGUUAACUUAAUGCUUAUUUUAAAUGUAGUUACUCGUAGAGAUGUUUAGUCAAACAUCUGACUAAAAAAGUUAUGUGUAUACAGCAGCAAAUAGUUUAUGAUUUGCUGAUUUUAUAGGUUAUUUACUUAAUACAUUGAGAUAUACUGUCGCACUAUGAUCCCAUCAUACCUCAUCUCUUUAAAUAUCUUUCCGAGCUUU